UAGCAGUGGGCUGACACACAUACAAAACAUUGUUGCGGACGAGUUGUUGAAUGCGCCUUAUUUCACCUUACAAAGUCUGUAACCAGCGGGAAAACACGGUGCUCUCUCUGGUGUCGGACAAAGAAGUCUUCAUCGUGCGUGUCAUGUGUCGCAGUGAAGAAUUCAGAGUUUCCUGCAGAGCGGUGCGUCGUCAUCAGGUGAAGCUGUUACAACGUUAACCAUCAAUCACAGACCAAAGGACGCAGAUGUUGCUGCGAUGUGUUACACUCACACAUGAAGCAGAAGAAGAUCUCAUCAAAGACAUCCUCUGCUUCCUCUGAUUGAUGAAACUUGCAGAUUUUCCUCCUAACUCCUCCACCACAAAAGUGUGUCCACCCUGAGCCCGUCUUCAUCCACAAACAUCCUCCUCAACCUCUCACUGGACUGACUCUACUGUCAGUGAGGUUCUUUCACAGAUGUCGACCUCACGGUUAAAAGACCCCUCUGAGUCUCCGACACUGCGACCCUAAACAGAAAACAAGAUGACCUCCAGCAUUGACCGGGAUGACAGCAGCAUCUAUGAUGGCUUUAAUGAAGAGGAUGAUAAGGACAAAGCUAAACGCGUGUCCCGUAACAAUCUGGAGAAGAAGCGCAGAGAUCAGUUCAAUGGCCUCAUCAAGGAGCUGGGCACCAUGCUGCCCGGAAACACUCGCAAGAUAGACAAGUCGACUAUCUUACAGAAGAGCAUCGACUUCCUCCACAAACACAAAGAAAUUGCUGCUCAGUCAGAGUCGACAGAGAUCAGACAGGACUGGAAGCCUCCUUUUCUCAGUAAUGAAGAGUUCACUCAGCUGAUGUUGGAGGCGUUGGAUGGAUUUUUUCUUGCUAUCAUGACCGAUGGGAAUAUAAUCUACGCUUCUGAGAGUGUGUCGUGUCUGCUGGAACACUUACCUUCUGACCUUGUGGAUCAGAAUGUGUUAAACUUCCUGCCUAAAGGAGAGCAGUCAGAGGUUUAUAAAGCUCUGUCGUCUCACACCGUCGAGGGAGAGACUCUGUCUCCAGAAUAUCUGAAAACAAAGAAUCAGCUGGAGUUCUGUUGCCAUAUGCUCAGAGGGACGAUGGACCCCAAAGAGCCUCCUGUGUACGAGUAUGUGAAGUUCAUAGGAAACUUUAAAGUCCUCAAUAACGUGCCUAACUGUAACCGAAACGGUUUUGACGGAGUGAUCCAGCGGUCGCUUCACUCCGCCUUCGAGGAGCAAGUGUGUCUCAUAGCCACCGUGAGGCUCGCCAAGCCUCAGUUCAUCAAGGAGAUGUGCACAGUAGAAGAGCCUAACGAGGAGUUCACCUCCAGACACAGUUUAGAGUGGAAAUUUCUCUUCUUGGACCACAGAGCGCCCCCUAUCAUAGGUUACCUCCCGUUCGAGGUCCUGGGUACAUCGGGGUAUGAUUACUACCACGUGGAUGACCUGGAGACGCUGGCUAAAUGUCACGAGCACUUGAUGCAGUACGGGAAGGGAAAGUCCUGCUACUACAGAUUCCUCACUAAAGGGCAGCAGUGGAUCUGGCUUCAGACUCAUUACUACAUCACGUAUCAUCAGUGGAACUCCAGACCCGAGUUCAUCGUCUGCACACACACUGUAGUCAGUUACGCUGAAGUCAGAGCUGAGCAGCGCAGAGAGCUCGGGAUGGACGACUCGCCGCCUGAGGUCACAGCGGACAAGCAGUCUCAGGAUUCAGGCUCAGAGUCUCAAAGGAACACGCCGAGCCUGAAGGAGGCGUUAGAGCGUGUCAACCACAACCAGACGCCCUCCGCCUCGUCCCGUAGCUCACGUAAAUCUACACUCACCGCCGUGUCUGACCAAACCUUGUCUCAGGUGAAGCUGCAGGGCGACCAGAGCACACCGGGCCGACAGUCUGCCUCUGCCAUGGACAUGACGUCACAGCGCAGGUCGUCUAUCAGCAGUCAGCAGUCGAUGAGCUCUCAGAACACAGGGCAGAACAUGGCUCCAUCCAUGGUUUUACAAACACAUCAACAACAACAACAACAGCUGCUACAACAACAACAACAACAACAACAACAACAACAACAACAACAACAACAACAACAACAACAACAACAGCAACAGCAGCAGCAGCAGCAGCAGGUUCAAAUCAGCAGCCAGUCGAUCUCCAGUCAGAUAGAAGCCAUGCAGCACCUGAAGGAGCAGCUGGAGCAGAGGACCCGACUGAUCGAAGAAAACAUCCAGAGGCAGCAGGACGAGUUGUCACAGAUACAGGGCGAGCUGCAGAGAGUGCAGGGACAGGGCCUGCAGGUCAGACAAACUCAUGAACAGAUCUUUGUGCUUGAAGGUGUAGUCGAUUUAGAAAGAGUCAUAGUAUGUUACUGUGAGUUUCAGACGUUCCUGCAGAAAGGAGCCGGAGGAGGACUGAACGUCAGCUCUGUACAGCUGAGUCAGGGGAACUCUGUGCAGCAGGGACUCAGCAUGCAGGGUCAGAUGGUCUCUGCAGGACCUCUGCAGAACAACAUACAGCAGCACCAUCCUUUCCAGAGCCAGACGCAGAUUCAGAUCCAGAGCCAGCAGCAAACACUGCUACUGGAUCAGAACACGGCACUCUCACAGUCUCAGCGGUCGUCCGUCACUCUGCAGCCUCAACAGAAUCAACUUCCUGCGUCCCUCUACAACACCAUGAUGAUCCCCCAGCAGAGCCAGACCAACAUGGUCCAGAUUGCCACCAGCCUGUCUCAGAAUCCUGGAGCCAACACCCCCGCUGUGGCUACGUUCGCACAGGGCCGAGGAGCGCAAAUCAGGUUCCCUGCCACUCCUCAGCUGCUCACUAAGCUAAUGACCGGUCAGAUGACGUGCGGGGCCGUCAUGGUCCCCACCACCAUGCUUAUGGGCCAGGUGGUGACUGCCUUCGCUCCUCAGCAGGGGCAGACUCAGACUAUCAGAAUUUCCCAGCAGCCUCAGCAGCAGCAGGAGCAGCAGCAGGUUCAGACGCAGCCACAGGUCACAACGCUGCAGCAGGGACAGACUCCUCUGACCCAGCAGCAGACACAGUUCCUCCAGGCUCCUCGACUUCUUCAUGGGAAUCAGUCCACUCAGCUGAUCCUGCAGGCCGUCUCUCUGCAGCAGCAGGGAACCUUUACUGCCACGAGCCAACAACAGCAGCAACAACAACAGUUACAACAACAACAACAGCAGUUACAAUUACAACAACAACAGCUACAAAAUCAUCAACAACUUCAGCAGCAGAAACAGACGUUGGCUCCUCACAGGACGGACAGUUUGUCUGAUCGCUCCGCUGCUCAGCCUCAGUGAACGAUGAACUCUUUUAAGAGACCGUGGUGUGUGUCUUGGACUGGAGGAGUUCUUCACAUAGCGACCCCCCCCCCACACACACACACACACACACACACACACACACACACACACACACACACACACACACACACACACACACACACACACACACACACACACACACACACACACUGAUGUUUUCUGUUCGCACUAAAAACUCCUGAGCUGCAGAGGAGCCAGAACCGACCAUUACAGGUCCAGGUCGAAGCCUUUUCUCUGAGAAGACGGGGCGCCACGACCCCCGUGCGUGCGUGCGUGUGCAGCCCCCCCCCCCCACACAGAGUUAUUUUAUGCAGAGCUCUCAGGCCUCACGUCCUGCAGCCAGAUUGUUUGUUUGUUUGUUUGUGUGUGUGUAGUGUGGGAUGUUUUCUCGUUUGUGUAAUGUAAAAAAAAUAACUGAUGGGUCGGGAAAUAUUUUUCAGAAUUCGAUGCAGAUCGAACUUUUACUGUACAGAACAUGAUGUGUAAUAUAUUCUGUAAAUAUGAGAAAGAAGAACUAAUAUUUUAUAUAAUGCAUGUGAUGAAAUGUGUUUUCUGUUCUUUGCAGCUUUGUUUGUUUUCUCUAAGAAAAACAAAGUCUUAAAUGCUACGUCGCUGUUUUCACACACACACACACACCAACACACACACACACACACACACACCAACACACACUCACACACACACAUUCUCCUGUGGGAUGUUUUUGUUAAUGCUGCUUGUCGUGUCCGUUUGUUUAAUUCUUGAAGCCACCAUUCACAGAAUUUUGUACAAUUAUUAGAGCGAGAGAAAGUAUUUCUGAACUCUUGCACGAUAAAGUGUUGUGAGUGUGAACGAUGAAGGUUCAGCUAAAUGUGAGAUCAGCCUGUGUGCGCCCUGGAGAGGCUUCAUUCAAUCUAUAAUUAUUUUCAAAACAUAAAACCAAACCUAUCAGACCUAUC